AUGCCUGGCAUCACUAACAACGUCAUCCCUGAGGCUCGGCCUGACUCGAAGAUUUUGAAUGGGGCAGAGCAUGGCAAUGGUACAAGCAAGGAGAAUAUCUUAAACCAAGGUGACAUAUCAAGGCAUGCAAAUGGCACUGCCCCUGCUGGCAUCUCAACCACACUUCCAGAUAAGCCACUCCCAAGGGUAGCGGAUGAUUUGAUAGAUAGAUCAAUUGACCAGCCCCCUCGUCUGCGGGUAGCUGUGAUUGGAGCAGGGCUUGCAGGCGUCCAAGCCGGUGUUCUCUUACCUGCAAAAGUUCCUAAUAUUGAGCUGGUUAUAUUCGAGAAGAAUGCUGGAGUGGGAGGAACCUGGUUUGAAAACAUUUAUCCAGGCGUGCGCUGUGACAUCCCUGCACAUGUCUACCAGUCGACGUAUGAGCCAAAUGUCAACUGGUCGGAAGAGUUUGCCCAAGGGGCCGAGAUUCGAGAAUACUGGGAGAAGGUGGCUUCUAAAUACGGAGUCUACAACUACGUCAAAUUCGGGCACAAAGUCGAAGAAAUUUCCUGGGACGAGGACACCUCUCAGUGGACCGUCAAUCUGGAUAUCACGGAAUCUGGGAAAAAAGAGUCACAAACGUUCGACUUUGUCAUCACGGCAAUCGGACGCUUCAACGCCUGGAGGCUUCCAGACUACCCCGGGAUCAAAGACUUCAAAGGAAUUCUCCGACACACUUCCAAUUGGGAUAAAACAUUCGACCCUGCCGGUAAGAGGGUCGCCGUAAUCGGCAAUGGAGCCAGUGGAAUCCAACUUGUGGCCAACAUUCAAUCUCGAGUAGCUCGCCUUGAUCACUACGUCAGGAACAAGACAUGGAUUGCAGCGUCUUUUGCUGGAGACGACACCUCUAUUACUCCAAAAUUGAUCCCGGAGAGUAAAAAAGAGGAAUUUAAGGACCCUGAAGUCUAUCUCAAGUAUCGCCAGGAACUAGAAGGCAAGUAUUGGAGACGCUUUGGGGGUUGGUACAAAGGAACGGCAGAAGUCCAAGAGACUAGAGAGAAAUUCAUCAAGAUUGCCAAAGAGCGACUCAAGAACAAGCCAGAGCUUGUGGAGCAUGUAAUCCCGGAAUUCUCACCCAACUGUCGCCGACUAACGCCUGGCCCGGGGUAUUUUGAGGCCAUUGAUUCUGAAAACGUCGACUAUAUCCAGACCAAAAUCAAAUGCUUCACCGAAACAGGCAUCGAAACAGAAGAUGGGAUUCACAGGGAAGUUGAUGCUGUUUUCUGCGCCACAGGUGCCAACGUGGACAUGGUACAGCAAUUCCCCAUCCGAGCCUAUGGCCAUAACUUGGGUGAGCUCUGGCACAAAGACGGAGCGUACGGUUUCCCUUACAGCUAUCUUGGAAUCGCCACACCGGGCUUCCCCAAUCUUCUCUUCACUCUCGGACCUUAUGGUGGUGCUAGGUCUGGUACCGUGACACACGGAGUUGAGAUCCAGCUUACUCUCUUCGCGAGGAUCCUUCGCAAAGUCUCUCGAGAAGGGAUCAAGGCCAUCGCCCCAUCACCGAGAGCAACUAAUGAUUUUGCGCAAUAUGCAGAUUCAUUCUUCAGCAAGACCGUGCUCUCUGAGGAUUGUAGCUCUUGGUAUAAUGGUGGCCGACCAGGAGAGCGUGUCCACGGUGUUUGGCCAGGAAGCGCGGCCCAUAAGUCGAUAGCCUAUCUCGAUCCAAGAUGGGAGGAUUGGGAAUAUGAGUACAAGACUCCCGAGAACCGAUUCUCUUUCUUCUUUGGAAAUGGCUUUACAGCGAAAGAAACAAGCCAGGAUGAGAGUAUGACGGAUUAUCUUCAACCUGGGCCACAGGACCUGAGAAAAUUGCAUGAAGGGUGGUGGAGAAUACCCUAG